UUCAAUCUCGAAUAUACUUUGGAUGAAUUAAAGGAUAAAAUCUCACAAUUACGAAUUCAACAUUUGGAGAAAUUGUUGAAAGUGAAUGAGUACAACUUGAGUGAGCAAGAAAAGACUAUCAGAACUCUUUGUGAAAAGAAUGAAAGCUUGGAGAAUCAACUUAAAGAAGCUUCUCGUAUUCCAAAUGUUAAACAAGUUGUGAGAAUUCCAAAAGCAUCUCAAACCAUUCAUUCACUUAAAAAAGAAUUGAAUAGAAUUGAAAAACAAAUCUCUGAAAUGUCCACUUGUGGAAAGAAUAUUGAAUUCAAAGAAUUAAAUCAGCUACUUGAAGAAAGAAACAGAAUUGAAGAUUUAAUUUUUGAAAAUUAUAGCGGAAAGUUGGAUGAAUUUGAUAAUGAUAAGAGAGAGUUGAUAAAUGAAAUUGAAAGAGUUGAAAAUAGUUUGAGAGAACAUGAAGUUAAUUUUGAAUGUUUCCAAAAUGUUAACAAAUUGAAAUUGAAAAAGAAAGAUUUGUUCAAGUCACUAGCUGAAAUCAAAGACAAAAUAGAAGAUAUUGAAUAUGCUAAAGACACACUUAUAUUCGAAAUUAAAACUCAAAAAAGAAACAAGAUUGGUAAAGUUGAGGAAAUUGAAAGAUUGGAGAAGAAACUUUCUGACAUGAUUCAGGAAUUAUCAAACAUGCACGAAAGAAAAUCAGAAAUCCAAAACGACUUGAUGGAGCUGAUUCCUAAAUUUCCUGAAAUUAUUAUUGAAAUGGAACAACCAUUAGCAAUAGAUGGUGUUGUCAUUUCAUCAUCAAUGACACCAAAAGAAAAAUUCAGAGUAUUUGCACUUCAAAACUCUAUUUUACUUUUAAAUACUCAAUUUUCAAAUUAUACUAACAUUCAAACACUUCACACUGGAUUAUCAGUUGUUUACAAAGCAAGCAAAUCUAAUAGUCAG